UGUCUUUUCCUUCCGCUAGGGAUUUAAUUGAAUCUUGCCAGGACUUUGUUGCUUCGUUCGUUUAUAUAUGCUGGUUUGUAGAGAUUCCGAGGUCAGGUUUUGAAAAUUUUCGAGAUCGCGGUUUCUCAUUUUCCGGCGGCGAGUCCGCGACGGUUACGGAAAUUUGACAUUUCCCUCGGUUUAGUGUACUAGUUACGGGAAACUGUUUUGAGCUGCUGCUUGGGGAGAUGAGGAUGAUUAUUUCAUUGUCUAUUUUGGAGAAACGGUCUGGGAAUUAUAGAUCCGUGAGUUUUUGUUUUUAGAGAGAGUUUUUGUCUUUCUUCUCCUAUGAACGUGAUCCAACAAGUUCCUACUUGAGUUCGUGAAUGCAGUUUCUUAUCCAGCCUAUAGGAUCAUAUGUUUUUAAGAAAUUGGGAAAUAAGAACAGAGAAGAAAAGGUACCUUGAUUCGUGCAAGAGGCAUGAGGCAAUUCCAAAUUCCAGAGUUUUAUCGUGGUUUUAUGAGGCCAAGAUUCAGAAAGCUCUUCACCAGAAACAUAACAUGGUCAUUUUACUGGAUUGUUUAAGGGAUGCUGAUUUCCCAGCACUUGUUGAAGCAUGCCUGGCAAUUGACUCUUCUGAUAUUGAUGCAGUUGACAUAAUUCAGAAAUCACACUGUAUUUUGAACAAAGAAAAUGUUUUAUCUUUGAUGCAUACAAUCAAUUCGAGGCUCCGAAUAAUUGAGCUCCAGGAUAUGUCACUUGUGGGUGACUUCUUGCGGGAUCCUUACCGGGAUAAUUUACCUUGCCAAGUUCUGAACCUAAGGUCUUCUGGGAUUCAAGAGCUCACUAUUAUGGGAAAGUUCAAGCGGUUGCACACCCUUAAUCUGGACUUUUGCAUAUCUCUUAGCAUUUUACAGAAGGAUUGUUUUUCUUGCAUGCCAAAUUUGAUGCGUCUUUCAAUGUGUGAAACAAGAGUUGGAAAUCUGUGGACAACCAGUGCUUCCUUGUCAAAACUUCCUUCACUGGUGGAACUUCGGUUUCAAAAUUGUUCCUAUUGUGAAGGCAGCCCUUGCCCUGUGUCAUCUGGUGCAGUGACUGAUCCAGCCUUAGACAGAAGCAGAUCAGGUCCACUUCAACCAACAAAUUUAAUGGAGGGCUCAUGCAAGAAUCUUCCCGUCUUGAAUGGAAAGUCAAAUUUGCGAACUGAGGCUUCUUUCUGCAAAUUGAGUAUUCAAGAUACAGAUCAAUCUCCUUUUGCACUUAAUUGUGAAUUGAGCAAUGCCUCUACUAUGUUCAAGAAGUAUGUUUCACGUCAUCCUUCGCCUAUCUGCUUUGAGAAACAUUAUAGAGAAUACAUGAUUGUCUCAUUACCGCAGUUGGCCAUUUUAGAUAAUCUACCAAUCAGACGGUCAGAAAGAGAAAGUGCCAAGAUUACCUUUUCACAGUAUUACGAGUUCUUACCAUAUAGGCGGCAACACAAAGAGAGUGUUGUCAGCAUUUUGCACAUGCGUGAAACUGGAUUGAGUAGAGUUCAGCUCCAUAAUUCAUCAAGGCCAAGGAAACAAUUGUCUUAUGGAAAAAGUCAACAUUUCUACUCCAGGUCUCUUUGUGCUGCCAAACUUGGAUGUUCUUCAUGGCCACUCUUACAUCCAGUGUCCAACAUCUUCCAUGUUACUAAAGAAGGGGGAAAGAUCCUUCGACCUAGGCAGUUCGAGUAUCAUCCAUCUAACUCCAGUCUUAUGGUUUUUGGAACUUUGGAUGGAGAAAUAGUUAUUACCAACCAUGAGAAUGGGCACGUUGUUGGUUAUGUCCCACCCCUUAGGGCUAUGAGCAGUGUUCUAGGUCUCUGUUGGCUCAAGAAGUAUCCAUCCAAGUUCCUUGCUGGUUCAGACAAUGGUUCCUUGAGAUUAUAUGACAUUAACCGUAUUCAACUCAAUACUGUGGACGGCUAUACUGAUCUCAGCAGUGUGACCUAUGAUGACUUUGAGAAGCUUACAUCUGUUCACGUCAAUUCAACAGAUGAUCAAUUUCUUACAAGUGGCUACUCAAAAGAUGUUGCAUUGUAUGACAUUGGCAGUGGCAGACGCUUGCAGCUAUUGACUGAUAUACAUCGAGGAUCCAUUAAUGUUGCUAAAUUUUCCCACCAUUCCCCUUCAAUAUUUGUUACUUCAUCCUUUGACCAUGAUAUCAAGAUGUGGGACCUUCGACAGAAACCUGUAAGACCUUGCUAUAAAGUCUCAAGCUCAAGAGAAAAUGUCAUGGUUUGUUUCUCUCCAGAUGACCUGUAUCUGCUUGUGUCAGCAGUGGACAAUGAGGUUAAUCAACUUAUGGCUGUAGAUGGACGACCCAACAUGAAGUUUGAGAUACCUUCAACUGGAAGUGCCCACAAUUAUACUCGGUCUUACUACAUGAACGGGAGGGACUAUAUCAUCAGUGGAAGUUGUGAUGAAACUGUUGUUCGUAUUUUCUGUGCUCAAACUGGAAGGCGGCUUAGGGAUGUUCCCUUGGAGUGGGUGCACUUUUUUUCAUUACAGGGUAUAGGCUCAGGGAGCUCAAUGUUUGUGCAAUCACUGAGGAGCGAUCCUUUUAGGCAUUUUCAAAUGGCUGUCUUGGCGACCUCUCUGCAUCACAGCUCAAAGUCUGAAAUAAUCAAGGUCAAUUUGCUAGCUUCCAGUCACGACACAGAAGAACAUUCUUAUGGCCAUCAUUCGAGCCUUUCCUCCAAUUUUGGAGGUUGAUGCAUAUUCGAAAGUCUCUCUGUAUUCAUGCAAUUAUGCAUUUAUAUAUGUAAUAUAUGCAUGUCCAAAUAUAAUACGAGUUGAGAAGGGUGUGUUUGUCAUGUUAAAUAACUUCUGUAAUUAGUAUUCUUCCAGGUACUUGUUGGCUUA